CUUCAAAUAUAUUGUGGUUCAAAUUCAAGGUAAUUAUUAUUAUCAUAAUAUGCUCACUUUCUACGUACAAUAAUACAAGAAUAACAUGAAGAAGAAGAAGAAAGAUAGCACACAAGGAAACGGAAUUUGAUGCUCCAUUCUCCAUCCAUCAUCUCCUCCACCCCCGUCGUCUUCGUGUCACCACCUAUCGUCGCCGCCCCCCACCCCCCACCUAUUCUUUCAACUCUCACCCCCAUACAUCUUUCCUUACAAACAAAUUACUGACACACAGGAUUUUCUAACCCCUAAUUCUCUUCUCUCAACCUCCUAUUUUCUCGGCCGCCUUCUAAAAUCUCAAUUCCAAGAAUUUUGUAAGAUAAAAAAAAAAAUUUAAUAAAAAUGCAGCAAAACCCACCAUCUCCCAUCCUAGCUCCAGCUUAUCUACCCAGAAACCUGGAAAUGGCCUCGGCAGCGCCCCAUGUCCCCCCUGGUGAAACCGCCUCCUCCUCCCUCUUCGACUGGUCCGAUUUCCUCGACUUCAACCUCGACGAAACUCUCGACUUCUCAUUCCCGCAGCCCGAACUCGGAUCCGGACCCGAAAUCGAGCGAAGCCAACCGUUGGAGAACUCGGGCCGAGUUAGGAAGAGGGACCCGAGAUUGGUGUGCUCUAAUUUCUUGGCGGGUCGGGUCCCAUGCGCCUGCCCCGAAUUGGUCCCAUGUGCAUGCCCUGAAUUGGAUGAGCAAUUGGCGGAGGAGGAGUUGGCGCUUCCGGGAAAGAAGCGGGCCCGAAUGGUGAAGCUUUCGGGCGGGGCCCCGGUGCGAUGCCAGGUACCGGGCUGUGAGGCGGAUAUUACUGAGCUCAAAGGGUAUCAUAAGCGGCAUCGAGUGUGCUUGCGGUGUGCGAAUGCUAGCGCUGUGGUGCUUGAUGGGGAGAGCAAGAGGUACUGCCAGCAGUGCGGAAAGUUUCAUCUCUUGUCAGAUUUUGAUGAGGGUAAACGUAGCUGUAGGAGGAAAUUAGAACGGCACAAUAACCGGCGUCGAAGAAGACCCAGUGACUCUAGAGGAGGCACACAAAAGGAAGCUCAACAGAUUAGCUUGGCUGAUGAUGUCAGUGGAGAUGAUGACACUGGAAAAGAUGGCAUAUGUCGAAGAAGUCAGACUGAAGAACAGGAAUUAUUGUUGGAGUCAGAUGCACCUGCUUCUAUGCUAUGUUCAGCCCUAGGUCCCGAAAAUCCCCAGAGUGAUAGUGUUGCAUCAUUUGCUGCAUCUGAUAAAAUGCGUAUUAGUGGGCAGACACAGAAUCCAAAAUAUAAGCAUUCCCCACCCUACAGUGACAACAAGAAUACUUUUUCCUCUAUGUGUCCAGCUGGUCGGAUCUCCUUCAAGCUCUAUGACUGGAAUCCAGCAGAGUUUCCUCGACGACUUCGACAUCAAAUUUUUCAAUGGUUGGCUAACAUGCCCAUUGAAUUGGAGGGUUACAUCCGGCCCGGUUGUACAAUUUUGACGGCUUUUAUUGCAAUGCCAAAGCCAACAUGGGUUAAGUUAUUAGAGGAACCAGCUCAAUGUAUAAAAGAACUUCUUGCCUCACCGGGGAACAUUUUGUCUGGAAGAGGCACAAUGCUCGUUUAUCUAAAUGACAUGAUGUUUUGUGUCAGAAAAGAUGCAAACUCAGUAAUGAAAAUCAAGGUGAAGGAUAGAUCUCCAAAGCUUCAUUACAUAUAUCCAACUUGCUUUGAGGCUGGCAGGCCAAUGGAAUUUGUUGCUUGUGGAAGUUACCUUCUUCAACCUAAGUUCCGGUUUCUUGUUUCAUUUGCUGGACGAUACCUAGCAUACAAUAUUUGUGUUUCAUCUCCAUGUUGUAAGAAAGGAGAUAGCAACAGGUUCGAACACCAACUGGUGAAGAUAUCUGUACCUCAAACUGAUAUGAAUCUUUUGGGCCCGGCGUUUAUUGAGGUUGAAAACCAGUCCGGCUUGUCCAACUUCAUUCCAGUUCUUGUUGGCGACAAAGAAACUUGUGCAGAAAUGGAGAUAUUGCAACAAAAGUUCGAUUCCUCUCUAUCCUCCCAAGACCAACAACAGUCUCCUCCAAGGCCUGAAUGUGAAGUUUUUGCCUCAAGGCAAGCACAGUUAUCAGAGUUUGUUUUGGACGUUGCAUGGUCGCUGAAGAAACCCGUCCUGGAGCAACCAUUGACAUCUUCCCACAUACAAAGGUUCAACAACUUAUUGAACUGUUUGAUAGAAAAAGAGUCUUCUGUCAUUUUGGAGAGAGUAUUUUGCAACAUGAAAUUUGCAAUGGGCAACAAUUUAGUCGAUCACAUUUCUGAUGCUGAUAUGAGGUCACUCCAUAAUAAUAUGGGCAUUGCACAAAGUAUGCUCGACCGGAAGUUACAGGACAAAGAUUUUACAGCUACGAGUGUACUGGAUGGAAAUGUUUACAGUCAAAGCUUCCAGAAAGACGAUCAAUGUGCCGUUCUAGCUGCUAAUAUGGGUGGCCAUGAAACACGUCCUCUUUUAAACGGAGAGGUGAUCAUGAAUGUUAGUCUUCAGCCGAGCCCACAAAAGUCUUUCAACCAGUUGUUAACAAGAACAUCUUUACCUUCACGGCCACUCAUCAUGGCAAUUGCAGUUCUUGGUAUCUGUGUUGGAGUAUGUGCGGUCGUCCUCCACCCUCAACGGGUCAGCGACAUUGCCACGACUAUUCGUAGGUGUUUGUUCGACAGCUCUUAGUGUUAGUCAGAGUUUCUCCCCUAAUAAUCUCGUUUCUAGAUUUCGAAUGUAUAGCUCGUUGCGCGCGGAUAUUCGGUCUUGUUUACUAACCUUAACCUUGAAGAAAUUCGCAGGGGGGAAGAUAUAAACUGUAAGACCCAGAUUUCAUGAGAGAUGGGUGGGGUUGUUUUUUCUUGAGGAAACAUUGUGAGGUGUAGGCGUCUCGCUUGUUUCUUAUGUACAAUUUUUCAGCAUCCGAACAAUCUGUAUCUGUUAGAUGUCCAGUAAUCUUGUUAAUAGAUAGCAUUUACCGGAUGUACCUCUAUAUUCUUUUUGUUAAUUGAUCGAUUCAAAAUAAA